AUGCCAAUUAUCGACCCGCGAUCUGGCCCGUCCUACGGAACUAUGGAACCAGACACGGAGCACGAGAGGGAGCAACUGCUCCAAGACGAAUAUGAGGUCGAGCGCCAAUCUGGAAUCUCUACGCCGGAUGAGCUACAGGAAGGAGUGCAAAAGAUCGAGGCCAUCAAUCUGACUUGGACAACCAAGUCUUUGAUGGUGGCCUACGUCAGCAUAUUCCUCAUGGCCUUCUGCACAUCAUUGGAGGGUCAAACGGUGAUGUCGCUAUCUGCAUAUGCAACAAGCGCAUUCAGUAAACACUCGUUGAUUUCCACCGUCCUCGUUAUUCAGAAUGUGGUUAACGCCGUCAUUAAACCCCCCAUGGCAAAGAUUGCCGAUGUGUUCGGUCGCUUCGAGGCCUUCUGCGUGAGCAUUCUCAUAUACAUUCUGGGAUACAUUCAGAUGGCCAGCUCUACAAAUGUUCAGACCUAUGCCUCCGCACAAAUUUUCUACUCCGCCGGCUCAACUGGACUGCAGAUCCUCCAGCAGGUGUUCAUUGCCGACAGCAGUGACCUGCUGAACCGUGCGUUCCUUGCGCUUCUCCCCGAAUUUCCGUUCCUGGUGACCGUCUGGCUCGGACCAACGAUCGCCGGGGCGGUUCUCCGCACCAGCUCAUGGCGAUGGGGAUAUGGUAUGUGGGCUGUGAUUUUGCCUGCAUCCUUCCUGCCACUGGCUCUCACCUUGCUGUUCAACCAGCGCAAAGCUCAAAGAUUAAACUUGAUCAAGAAGCGGACCAAGAGACACACGAGCUUCGUCAGCAUCCUGCGCCGGACGUGGUAUGAUCUGGACGUGGGUGGUCUGGCGCUUCUCUCCGCGGCUGUCACUUUGCUUUUGGUGCCAUUGACCCUUGCAGCUACCGUCAAGAAUGGCUGGGGGAACACGGGCAUUUUGGUCAUGAUCGCGCUCGGUGUCGUUUGCCUCUGUCUGUUGCCAGCCUGGGAGUCUUCUAAGAAAUUGGCCCCUAAGCCUCUCCUCUCUCUCCAUUUGCUUAAGCAGAAAACUGCUCUGGCCGGAUGCGCAUUGGCCUUCUGGUACUUCAUGGCCUUCUACUUCUCCGUUCAGCCUUAUCUAUAUUCCUACCUCCAGGUCGUGCAGGGCUAUGACGUUGCCACGGCCGGUCGCGUCACUCAAACCUUUGCCUUCACCUCUACCAUUGCGGCAUUUGGCGUGUCCCUCCUCAUCAAGUACACUCGGCGAUACCGGAUAUAUGUGACCAUCGGAUGUGCCGUCUAUAUGACUGGCUUAGCUCUGAUGCUCACAUGCCGGGGAGAAGGGGCCUCGCAGUUCCAAGUUCUAGGUACCCAGAUUAUUGUCGGCAUUGGCGGUGGCUUGGUCAACGUGCCCGUUCAGCUGGGUGUUCAAGCGUCAGCCAGCCACCAGGAUGUUGCCGCCGCGACCGCGAUGUUCUUGACUUCCAUGGAGAUGGGAGGUGCUGUUGGUGCCGCCAUUUCCGGUGCUGUAUGGUCCUCUGCCAUCCCGCAUAAGCUUCUGAAGUACCUUCCCGAGGAGACCAAAAACCAGGCUGGCGAUAUCUUCGGCAAGCUGACCACCGCCCUGUCCUACCCGAUGGGAUCCCCGACCCGCAUUGCCAUCAAUCGCGCCUACCAAGAGACCAUGGACCGGCUGUUGACCCUGGCGGUUCUCGCUACUCUUCCUCUUAUCCCACUCAGUCUCAUCAUGGUGAACUACAAACUUGACAAGAUGGGUUACGGUAACUCCGAACCACGAGGAGACCCGGCCCCAGUCGAGCCAGAGCGGAGCUCUGAGGACGGGCACUCGAAGCGAACCUGA